AUGCCUGAUGUUAGUGGCAUUUUGGCAGAAGUCAGCACGGAGGAAUCUACUGGUGACGAGCCGGUUCCAAAGGAACGUGAUCCAGUUGGGCCUCGGGAGGUGCCACAGCCGGGGGAAGAAGACAUGCAAGAUGUCCAGGACUACCGCAGCGUUGUAGCAGAGCACUUGAGCACCAUGACCUUGACUUCCCCGACAAUUCAAAGGGUGACAUCCAGCCAUCACGUUUUGAGGUGCUUCGGGCAAGCUCUGCGGAAUAAAACCCUCAUAGACUUGUACCAUUUCAGCAAGCCGGCCGUCAGGAUUUCCCAGUUUGUUUCACACAGUUGGCAUGGGUCGGCGAGGAAGAAGAUCGCUACCCUCUUCGUGCUGAAGAACGGUCCUGCAGCGGUUGCUUCUGGAAGCUUGUUGGCGCUGGUCAUGGUGGUACUGAGCAGCUUCAACAUAUUACAUGGCUAUGACCGGCAACCCAUGAUCGAGCAAGAGCGAGCCUAUGUUUUCGGACCCUGGGGGAUUUGCAUGGGGAUGCUGACUGCCUUUAUCGGCUUGACUUUCUGUGAACGUCGUGACGAGGUUUUUCUGGAUCGGCUUUGCAUCCAUCAGACUGAUCAGCGCCUGAAGUUGGAAGGUGUGCUGAACAUCUGUGCCUUCUUAAAGAAUUCCGACUCCAUGCUGGUGCUGUGGGACCCCAGCUAUGUUGAGAGGCUUUGGUGCAUCUUCGAAUUGGCUGCCUUCCUGAAAAGUCGCGAGACUGGGAAAGCGGCGAAGCUGUUCAUUAGACCUACCAUCCUCGGCCCCAGCUCUCUGGCAUCCUGCUUCGGUCUCUUUGCAUUGCAGCUGGCUCAGACCGCGGUUCCCUGGCAGAACGCGUCUCAUGGAACGAUGGUCUUCUCGGUCUUGGCCUGGAUUGGGUGUUUCGCGGUUACCUCUGUUUGGCGGAGCCACUACAGGCAGAUUGACACUAUAAAGACCCAACUGCAGAGUUUCACCAUUAGCAACACGAAAGCAAAUUGUUGUGAGAGAGGCCAUGUGGAUGCACAGGGCCGAAAGGUUCCUUGCGACAAGGCAGUGCUCACAGCGUGCGUCCGGCAGUGGUUCGGCUCUGUUGAUGCGUUCGAGGAUAAUGUCAGGUCUGGCGUGGCAGCUGCAUUGUCAGAAGGAUUGGGGAAGGGAUGGUUUCCUUAUCCUUACGUGCUUGCUGCCGCAGCACCCAUCUUAUGGGGUCAGGGCGACUUUAUCGCCUCCCGGCUGCGGGAGGGCGAGUUCUACAACGCAGGUGUCACCGCCAUCAUUGGCCUUGCCUACUGGCUCGCUGCAAUUCCCUUCAUCUUCGCCUGCGGUGGGCUUCUCGUCCAUAAGUUCCGCCGCAGGUACAGUCCCUGCUUCGAUGUGCUGGUGCCUCUCUGCGUUUCGGCAUUUCUAAAUCUGGUGCCAGGCGCCGGCAUGUUCUGGUUGCUGAUUGGUCUACAGGCGAUGCUCGAUGACAUGCUGGCCGCAGUGCUUUGGGCCGUGGUUAUGUCUUCUUCGGCCCUGCUCGCUUGGCGGCUGCGCUCAUCUUACGCUGGACAUCUUGGGCGUAUCUGA